AACAGUGGAUUCUCCGGACUUAUCAUCUCACGAUAAUAUUUUAAGGUUAAACCUCCAUGCGCCGUAUCUCCUUAUCGAAUCAUAACAAGUUUCUCGAUAGUUUCCCUCCUACUUUUAUAACUACGAUUUGAUAAGCUCGUAUAGAAAUCGUUUACGUAAACUCCUCGAGUGUUGUUUGUCACAUUGAUGAUUAACUCCACGUGAAUGGUCUGUUCAUUCUGAGUAAUUGACAGUUACACAACUAGAACCUGUCCGGCAGUAUGCGGAGAGCAGGCACUCGAGAAUGGAACACGUACUUCACCCAAACUACAAGGAGACAUAUGACGAGGAGAUACUUCUGUGGUUGACCAAGGAAUUCGCUAGAACUGAUGGAGAAUUUUACUUGGAUCAUGCUGGUGCCACUUUGUACGCCGACAGUCAGAUUAAGAGGAUUUCCCAGGAUUUGGCGAGUUCGUUGUACGCCAAUCCCCAUUCGGCCGCUGGAAAUUUCACUUCAGAAAUUAUUGAACGAACUAGAUACAGGAUUUUGGACUUCUUCAAUGCCUCCUCCGAGGAAUACAGUUUGAUCUUCACAUCGGGGACCACUGGUUCCUUGAAAACCGUUGCAGAAACCUUCAAUUUCGGUGAUUCUGGCCACUUCGUUUACCUCGAAAACAACCACACGUCUGUCCUCGGAAUGCGCGAUGUCACAAUGAAAAACGGGGGACGAAUAAAGUGUCUAGGAUUCCAUGAAGCUUUCGAGAGAUUCCAGAGUGACGAAAGUAUUCCAGAUGUUAUCGAGAGCAGAAGUAAUUCUCUGUUCGUUUAUCCUGCCCAGUGUAACUUCUCGGGACUGAAAUAUCCACUGGAAUGGAUCCAGGAAACUCACAAAGGGACACUCAAUUCUCUCACUGAUGAACAAUCUAAAUGGUAUGUCUUGCUGGAUGCAGCUGGAUUCGUUGGAACUAGUGCUCUCGAUUUAUCGCUGCACAAACCUGAUUUCGUUGCCAUGUCCUUCUACAAAAUGUUCGGGUGGCCAACUGGCAUUGGUGCACUUAUUGUGAGAAAUUCCAGUGAGAAUGUCAUGGAGAAAGUGUAUUACGGAGGUGGCACUGUUAAUAUGGCGCUCAGCAACACGAAUUUUCACGUCAAACGAGAAAAUCUUCAUGAAAGAUUCGAGGAUGGAACUGUACCCUUCCUAUCGAUAAUCUCCCUGCAGUACGGGCUGGAUAUCUUUUCUAGGAUUCCCCUCACUCGGAUAUCUACCCACGUCUUCCAUCUGGCACAGUACCUCCACCACUCCCUGGUAACACUGCACCACCGAAACAGUAAACGCCUGGCGAUAAUCUAUGCGGAUACCGAUUACCAGGAAAUAUCAACGCAAGGUGGCACCGUGGCCUUCAACAUCCUCCGAUCUAGUGGUGCAUAUGUUGGCUACAUGGAGAUUCUCCACAUGGCUGGACUCUUUAAGAUCCACUUGCGCACAGGGUGUUUCUGCAACCCAGGGGCCUGUCAACGCCACCUAAACCUCUCCAACGACGACGUACUCCAGAACUAUGACGCGGGAUACAAGUGCGGAGGAAGCAAGGAUUUGAUCGAUGGAAGACCCACUGGUGCUGUCAGAGUGUCAUUCGGUUACUCUUCUAGUUUCAACGAUGCCGAGAUGCUGCUGUUGAUGCUUAAAAAAUGCUUUCUAGACGGACCUGCAGUGGUUAAACUUCCUGAGGGAUAUGUGAUCCCUGAGAAUUACAUUUACAGCCGCGGGAAUGUAAAUUACAAGACGAAGGGAGGGACCGAAAUCGAGAAAUUGAGAGUGCAGAGGAGCCCUACUGGGAUUACUCAGGAUUCAUUGAUAAAUUUAUCCCCGGGAAAUGGGUUUAAUAAGAACGAGAUGAUGGAGAGGAAUGAGAUGGAGUCGAAGAAAUUAGUUCUUUCGAAGCUUUAUAUUUACCCUGUGAAGUCCUGCGCAGCUUUCGAAAUCUUGGACUCUUGGGAGCUGACUGGAAAGGGCCUCUCCUACGAUCGUGAGUGGAUGAUUGUGAAUUCUUCAGGGGUCUGCCUCACCCAGAAACAGGAGGUCAAUCUCUGCUUGAUAAAACCGAGCUUGUGUCUCCAGAGCAUGUUAAUGAGGCUAGAUUAUCCAGGGAUUCCUGGAAUUGAGUUGCCUUUGGAGUACCGGGAGGACGACAUAACGCAUGGGGAGUUGUGCAGGAGUAGAAUCUGUGGGCACAGGGUCCAGGGUGUUGAUUGUGGUGAGGAGGUUGCUCAGUGGCUCGGACUAGCUCUUGGCAGAGAUCUCAGGCUGAUUCGUCAGAGCAGAACUCAGGAGAUCAGGGGAAGAAGCAGACUAGAGCUCUCAUUCUCCAGUCAGGCACAGUUUCUGCUUGUUAAUAGGGCCAGUGUGGAGUGGCUCGUUGAUAGAAUCCCUGAGGAAUCUGAUUGCGAUAAGAAUGGGGUCCUACAUAGAUUCAGGGGGAAUCUCAUUGUCCUGGGAGCUGAACCCUUCGAGGAGGAACAGUGGACUCAUAUUAGGGUUGGGGAACAUGUCUUCGAGGUAAUGGGACCCUGCACCAGGUGCCAAAUGGUAUGUAUUGAUCAACAAACUGGGUUAAAAACAAUCGAGCCUCUUCGAUUGCUAGCCGAAGAAUUUCAAGGGAAAAUGAAAUUUGGGAUUUAUCUCAGUAGAACGAACUCUACCUCUGGGAAGGUAAAAAUUGGGGACCAUGUAAUUUGCAUGUGAUUGGUGUUUUUUUUCACUGGUCUUA